AGGAUGAUAUAUUGAAAAUGUUCAUCACCUCUUCAAGGAAAUUGUCCUGAGGGAGGGGAAAAAAACCUUGUUUUUGGUAGUCAUUUAAUGUACCAACUAAUAUUCAGUAAUUGGUUGCUAUUGUCAUCCAUUAUUAAGGUUGGUGUCCCCAAUUGCCAACCUUGCCAUGUGCAGCACAUGGCUUCAAAUUCCCUCCCAUACUUCACAUUUCAAUACAACUCACAGUUCCACCCUCCCUCUUUUCUUUCUCCAAACAUUCCCCUCGCCAACAGAUGAACCAAAUCACCAAAGCAUCCAAGGCCACAACAUGCCUCUUCUUCUUUUUCUUGAUUUCCUCCUACAUUUUCCUCUCAUCACUUGACAGGCCAAGCCAUUCUUCGACCUACUACUCAUCGUUCUUGCCAUUUCUCCUGGCAUUGUUGCUCGCAGUUCUGGUUGUUUUUGCUGUCAGGACCACCAUCUUGACAUGGAUAACAGUGAUGGUGCUGCUGGCUUUUGCCGGAAAGCGCCGCAGGGUUUUGGCCAGGGAGGGCAGGAAGAUCACAUCAGAUGUUGCAAUGUACUUGGUGCAGGUUCUGCUCAAGGACAAGGGCCUUGUGGCUUUUGGUUGUGCCACUAUUAUCAGUCUUAUGUUAAUGGCCCGGUUAAGAAUAGCUGAUCAAAAUUCUUUGUGAUAACUUGGUAAGCUGUUGAAGUUAGGAUCAUACUUCAUGUAGGUUGUAGAAAGUACAUGGGAUGCAAUAAUUCUUCUUGUUUUC